AUGAUUUACAAUCGCAACCCUUCUAAUAUGCACUCCAACUUGCUGCUGUCUAGUACGAACAAGUUUUGCGCAAAGCAUCGCUUGCCUGAAGCUCAUGCAUGCUCUAAUAUGGAACACUGUAGACAGAGUUCUCAUGAGCGACUUGCAGGCAAGCUGCUGAAAGAGCGAACAGUCGCUGCCAAAGUCUGA